GAUGGCCUAUUCUCAGCCAUCAGACAUAUAUGUUGAUUCUCAGUUAGAGCUUUGUGUAAAGGAAAUCCUUUCUUUCAUCAAACCUUCUGCGGAUGAUACUCUUAAGCGGCAGAAUGUUCUUAAGGAGCUUGCACGUGCUCUUGGGACUGACCAAAGUUUAAUAGUUGCAGAUGGUUAUGUCAGGCCAUUUGGAUCUUUUAUUUCAAACCUCUACACAAAAUGGGGUGAUUUGGAUAUAUCUUUUGAUUUGACACAAUCCUGGUCCUCUCCUGCAAAAAGAUCGCACAAGCUAAAUGUACUUAAGAAAAUAAUGCGGGCAAUUGAAAGAACUGGUGUUGCGUGUAAAAUUGAGUUUGUCAAAAAAGCAAGAGUACCUAUUGUUAUGUAUCAGAGCAAAUAUUACAAUAUAUCAUGUGAUAUCUCUAUCGAUAACUAUGCCGGUUACAUCAAGUCGUAUUACCUACAUUUUAUCAGCGACAUAGACGAGCGGUUCCGUGAAUUGGUUUUGUUGAUCAAAGAAUUUGCCAAAGCACAACAGAUUGAUGACCCAAAAAGAGGGACUUUAAAUUCUUACUCACUUUGCCUGCUGAUCAUCUUCCACUUUCAGACAUGCAGGCCUGCUAUUUUUCCACCUCUCAAGGAUUUAUAUGAGGGAGACAUUGUUGAUGAUGUUAUAAAAGGUGACAAUACUUUGAAACAAAUAGAGGACUCCUUUGUUGCAAAACUUGCGAGGUAUAAGUCCCAAAUUUCCCGUCAGAGAAACCAAAGCUCUAUUUGUCAGCUCUUUAUUUCUUUCUUUAACAAGUUCUCUGGACUUGAUGCUACGGCCUCAAAUUAUGUCAUCUCAACUUACACAGGACAGUGGAAACCAAUUGACAUCAACAACAAAUGGUUAUUGAAUUCACAAAGACUCUUUAUUGAAGAUCCUUUUGAGCAAACUGAAAAUGCUGCUAGAUCUGUUGACUCCAGAGGCCUUACUCAGAUAGUGCAGACAUUCACAAAUAUGUACUGGCGGCUUUCAUUGCGCUCUGCGCCGAUGGAUCGAACGUGGUUGAUUCGCAGUCUAGUAAGACCAGAAAUCAGAUCAAUGUUCGUCUAUGGAAAGCAACCAAUACAUGAUCAGGUCCAACCUCAUGUGGAUUGGACCAAACAGCCUCGGGGUUAUUUCGCUAGUCCAGGGAGUAGUCAACACGGUUAUGUUGGGAGAUGGGAUGGGAAGUAUCAAUCAUAAGGCCAUGGAAUGUUGAUACAAAGGAUGAUCUGAGUGUUGAUAUUAUGAGAAAUUUGGUCUGUUGUAUUCAUGUGUGGAUGAUUAUUUAUUAGAUUGGUUAUAUGGACACUAGUUCUUUUAGUCUGCUGGAAGCCUGGAACUGCUCAGGAGAACAUGUAAUCUCCAUAAAAUUUAUGUUUUAAUGGUUUUUUGGGGGCAA